AAUUACAGGCACGUGUUGCCACACCUAGGUUUUAUAAUCUGGAAUAAAAGAUAUGCAGAAAAAGAUUCUGAUGACUUUGGUGGAUUUGGGAAGUCAUGUCUUCUUAUCAAGCAUGACAAAACUCUCACUGGAAUUAAAUACCACAGAUGUGUUCACCCAUGUAACAGUAAAUCACAGCUCAAUGACUAGACUAUAACAAAAUGUAUACAGGAGAGAAGCCAUAUGAAUGCACUGAGUGUGGGAAAGCCUUUUCCAGGAAAGCACAGCUCAUGUGACAUCAAAGAACCGAAAGAGGAGUGAAACCUCAUGGAUACAAUGAAUGUGGGGAAAACUUCAUGAGGAAGAUCAGUUCACUGAACAUAAGAGAACUCAUAAAGGAGAGAAGCCUUAUGAAAGCACUGAAAGUGGAAAAGCCUUUUCCUAAAAGGCAUAUCUUACUGUACACCGGAGACUUCUUAAAGGAGAGGACCCUUAUGAAUAUACUGAAUGUGGGAAAGGCUUUUCACAAAAAGCAUAUCUCCCUGUACACCAUAGACAUUAUACAGGAGAGAAACCGUACAAAUUCAGUGUGUAGGCAGUUCUUUUCCCAAAAGGCGUAUCUGAUGAUAAACCAGAAAAUUCACACAGGAGACAAGUCAUAUGAAUGCAGUGAGUGUGGGAAAGCCUUCUCCAGGAAAGCACAACGUGUUAGACUUCAAAGAAUUGUAAGAGGAGUGGAACCACAUGGAUGCAAUGAAUGUGGAAAAGCAUUCAUGAGGAAGAUUCAGCUCACUGAACAUCAGAGACCUCACAAAGGAGAGAAACCACAUGAAUAUGAGUGUGAGAAAGUCUUCUCCAGGAAGUCCCCGCUUGUGGUAGGUACAUCGGCAAAUUCAUACAGGAGACAAAAUAUAUGGAAGCAGUGAACAUGGGAAAGUCUGCAGUCAGAAGUCCCGGCUCUCUAGACACC